CACGUGAUGUUAUUAAUAUUCAUAAGCCAAACCAAGACGAUAACGCCCAUUCGCCAACGUAAAGCCUGUCAGCCAAUAAGCGAGUCACGUAAUGCUACCUUAUCAAUAUUCAUGAUCCAAGUCUUCCUCUCCCCAUAUUGGAAUCCUUAAACUGGCGGCGCGGUGUGGCAGCUGGCCGCAUUUUUCCAGUGUCUGAUAUUGGAAGGGGAGUUUCUGUUGCGGCGCGGUCCGAGACUUGAAUGAGGUUGAUGCUGCUCUGUUGCACCUGGAAGGACGAACGCAUGGGAGAGGAGGAAGCUGCUAGGAAGUUACCGGUGUGUUCGGGCUGCAGACAGCACAUAUAUGAUGAGCAGUAUUUACAGGCGCUCAACACGGACUGGCACACGCUGUGUUUCAGGUGUUGUGAGUGCAGGUCGUCCCUCUCUCACUGGUACUAUGAGAAAGACGGCCGUCUGUUCUGUAAGAAAGAUUACUGGGCCAAAUUUGGCGAGUUGUGUCAUGGCUGCUCUGAGCCCAUCACCACCGGACUGAUAAUGGUUGCUGGAGAGCAGAAAUAUCACCCAGAAUGCUUCACGUGUCUGAACUGUCGAGCGUUCAUCGGUGAUGGAGACACGUAUGCGCUGGUGGAGAGAUCCAAACUUUACUGUGGUCACUGUUAUUAUCAGACUAUCGUCACUCCAGUCACUCUGCCGGAUUCUCCAUGCUCCAGAAUUCCUCACACAGUCACACUGGUCUCUAUUCCCGCCUCCACCGAUGGCAAACGUGGACUCUCUGUGUCGAUCGAUCAGGGACCCAGUCCAAAUGGCUAUAGCCCUGAACACAACCACACCAUCAGAGUGGCACAGGUGGACUCCGAGUGCAUCAGUCCUGAUGUGAAGAACUCUAUUCAUGUUGGUGAUCGAAUCCUAGAAAUCAACGGAACCCCCAUUCAGAACGUCCCUUUAGAUGAGAUUGAUUUGCUCAUUCAGGAGACGAGUCGACUGCUUCAGCUGACUAUCGAACAUGACCCUCAUGACCCCAGGCCCUCAGAGGAUCAGGUGGACGGCCCCACACCUCUGUCUGAGGGGCCGAGCCCCAUCACACGACCCCCCAGCCAGGACUUUAACAACCUGCGAUCGCGCAUGAUCACGCGUAGCUACAGUAUUGAUAAAUCGCCGGGCUCCAGUAACACGCCAUCACCGCUGUCUAUGAGGAAAGACAUCGGCCGCUCAGAGUCACUGCGAGUCGUGUCAAACCGCACACACAGGAUAUUCCGAGCGUCUGAUCUGAUUCAUGGAGAGGUGCUCGGGAAGGGCUGCUUCGGACAGGCCAUAAAGGUGACACACAGAGAGACAGGUGAGGUGAUGGUGAUGAAGGAGCUCAUUCGAUUUGAUGAAGAAACACAGAGGACCUUCCUUAAAGAGGUGAAGGUGAUGCGAUGUUUAGAUCAUCCUAACGUGCUGAAGUUCAUCGGCGUCCUCUACAAAGACAAACGGCUCAACUUCAUCGCCGAGUACAUCAAAGGAGGAACCCUGAGAGAUAUCAUCAAGAAAAUGGACAGUAAUUAUCCGUGGAAACAGAGAGUGAGUUUCGCCAAGGACAUCGCUUCUGGAAUGGCGUACCUGCACUCCAUGAACAUCAUCCAUCGAGAUCUCAACUCGCACAACUGUCUUGUCACAGAGAAUAACAGUGUUGUGGUGGCAGACUUCGGUCUGUCUCGUCUCAUGGUGGAGGACAAGCACCAGGACAAACUGUCGUCUGGACAGAUCCCAGGCGUGAAGAAACCCGACCGGAGGAAGAGAUACACUGUUGUGGGUAACCCAUAUUGGAUGGCUCCUGAGAUGAUACACGGGAAGAGUUAUGAUGAGCGGGUGGACAUCUUUUCCUUUGGCAUCAUGCUGUGUGAGAUUAUAGGGCGAGUCAACGCUGACCCAGACUACUUGCCCCGGGCGAUGGAUUUCGGGCUGAAUGUGAAGGGUUUUUUGGACGAUUACUGCCCGUCUGACUGCCCUUCCUCUUUCUUCCCCAUGGCGGCGCUGUGCUGUGACCUGGAUGCAGAGAAACGGCCUGCGUUUGCUAAGCUAGAGGCUUGGUUGGAGAAUCUAAAGCUGCAUCUAGAGAUGGGUUUGCAUCUGGUGUCAGACCUGGAGCACAUCCACCAAGAUUUCUGGCAGAAGAACACACCCGGCAAGAACGGACUCCACACUCACCCGGAACAGCCCGAGUAGCCCUAGUUAGGGUCCACACUGAUGGUAUCCACUAGAGACAAUGAUGGCCCUAUUGAAGGAGGACGAACAAGGGCAGUGAGCGACAGUGCUGUGGUGUAGUCCACUAGAGGACUUUGAAGACCACUCCCUGCGGCCUGAGCAUGCUCAAACGCCAUGCUUCUGGAAAUCCAAGCGUCAAAUUCCAACUGCAACCCUGGAUGUCAUAGCGCACGCAACAGCUUGUUUGUGCUGUCUCAGUGUUGCAUCACUGUUCUGCAGGUUAAAUGUUGUGUGUAUCGAAGCUAAAACGUACGUUAUUGAUAUUUGGAUGUGGUUUCGGUUGAAAGACGUUUGUCGCCAACUUCAUUGAGGUCAUUUGUUCAAUGUGAAAACAGUUACACGUCACAAAUGCAGUCAUUGUGUCAUCAUCAUGCAUUUGUAAUGGUUUAAAAAAGCUUUUUUGUUUUCGCAGUUGUUUGUCAUUUGGUACUGCUGGUUCAUUCACAUCUCAACAGAGUUAUCGUAAUUACGAGUUUCUGAGAAGUAAAAAACAAGUUAACGUCUGACAAAAGUUUGAAAACUCUUGACUGCUGCCACUUGACUGUUGAACAUUCAAACCUGCGUUAGCUGCAGCAGUUAAAGGUAGUGGAAAUAGUUUCGUCUCGUAAUUACUAUAAUUCCGACAACACGUGAACGCACCAUGUAUACGGAGUAUACAAACCGCCGUGUUUGGUCCUACAACCUUCGUUGCACUAUUGUUCGAAAUUCAUCAUUUGGUCUUUUCUUAAGUUUGAUACAAAAAAUUUGAAUGAAAGCUUUGAUCCCAUUUUGCUACAACAAAUAAAGGUAGUCCAGGUACUGUAGUUAUUUCUAGUAAUUAUGAUCAUUUUGACUAAAAGUGAACGCACCACGUAAAGUAUACAGAGUAAUCAAAUCGUUGUGUUUGUUCGUACGCACUGCAUAGCUCUAUUAUCCGACAUUCAUCAUGUGGUAUGUUUGUUUGUUCACAUCUCAUCAUAAAUAUUGUAAUUACGAAUUUCUGAGUAGGAAAUAUGUUUAGGUCUUUUGUCAGAUAGUGGUAAUUUUAUAAAAGCUUCGAUUAUCCCACAUAUUAAUUGAUUUCACUGAAAAAAACUGUGUUAGCAACAACAGUUAAAGAUAGUCUAGAUUGUUUCAUCUCGUAAUUACGGUAAUUUCAACGACAAGUGAACGCACCAUGUAUAGAGCGUAUACGAACCGUUGUGUUUGGUUCUGCACACUUCAUGGCGCUAUUGUUUGAUGGUGAUUAUUUGCUAUUGUUGAUUUGUUCACGUCUCGAUGGAAUUAUAUCGAGUUGUUCAGGCCCUAUCUUAAGUUUGAAACUCAGAAUGUUAUGAAAGCUUCGACUUUUCCCACUUGACCAUUGACGUAUUAUAAAAAUGUAAAAAUGCAUUAGCUACAACAGUUAAAGGUAGACGAGUAAAUUUAAUCUCGUAAUUACUAUAAUUCCGACGACACGUGAACGCACCACGUAUACAGAGUAUACAAACCGCCGUGUUUGGUCUUACAUGCUGCAUAGCAUGGAUAGUGUCUCGUCUUCACGUCCUCACUUUAGGUACACAGCCUCAUCAAGUAAAACAACAUUGUUGGUUGCACUAUUAUUCCUCACCUGUCCUUUCAAGGCGAAUCCGGGCAUAUCCGAAUUAUAGUACAUUCUGUAAAUGUUUGACAUAUUGUAUAUGUGCAGACAUUAUUUUGUAUACUGAUUCCACAUUUGCAUAUUUUUACUUGCUGAAAUGCAAGACAUCGCUGGCGCAGUGAAAAUACUUUGAGCGGUUUCCCAUCUGUGUAGAGAAAACACAAGAAACACCAGAUAUACAAACUAUGGGUUUCUCCCUCCCGCUUACGUGUCGCUGCUCACCUCUACGGAUCAGGUUACUUGAUUUAUUGUCCUUUAGUGUGUAUCUCUUUGACUAUUGCUUGAGAAUCAUUUUACACUUUAAUGUAGAUCUAAUAAUGUCUUGUUCAGAUAAAACUUGAUCAAGAUCUCGUACUUUAUUGUGAACAUACCAAAAUCAAUUGCUUGUUGCUCCUGGACGUGCUGCCACUGAUAUGUGAUUCGGACUCAGUUUCUUCCCUGGCUUGUUGAUAUAUCGUGAUUGGCACUUUCCAAAAAAGGGUUAAAAAUUGGGUUUGUAUUUUUUUUUAUUUAUUUUUUUGUUUGUCUUUCAGCAAAUUAUGAGUGAAAGGAGGUAUUUAAUCUUAAAAAAAAAGGAUAUUUGUCCACCUCAUGAGGUCAGAACUAUAUGUUGUAUGAGCUGUAAUAUUUUCAGUUCAUUUUCUGAGAUGUUUGCCCCUUUAGAGUGUAGGAAGGGAACUUGUUUCCUAAAAUAGUUUGCUUUCCCUCGCAAUUAUUUUGGGCCCUUUUACAAUACCUUUUUUUUUUUUUUUGCCAGAAUUUAAUAUGUUUUUUUAUCACCAUAGUUUGUUAUUGUGGUUUUACUAUGAAGAUCAUAGUUCGAAUAUGGUUACUGAAGUAAAAACCAUAAUAAACUUUGUAUUGUGAAGAAGCCCAAAAUAAAUGCGAGGAAAUGCAAAACUAUUUUAGAAAAUAAAAUAGAAAAUGUCUAUUCAGUAAUAUUUUAAGAAUUACGCAUUUCAAUUUCAUAACAUAAAUCCAUCUGAAGUGAAUCUUUAAUGAAAAACAUUUUUAAAACAUAUAUAUUGUAAGUUUUAUUCAUUUAAUUUUGUUAAACAUUACACAAAUAAAUUUGAUGCAGCUUUUUUAUGAAAUUUAAAUGCGUAAGUCUGAAAAAUACUUUUUUUUUUUUUUUUUUUACUACUUUCUUGCAAUUUUUUUUGUAAUUUUUUUUUCAUUCUACCAGUGGACAUGGAUUAAACAUGCAAAGUAAAAAAUACAAUUUAGACAGUUCAGUCUAUGCUAGAAUGGAUAACAGGGUUGCGAGGGCUGUAGAUUUAGAUUGCUACUUUGGGACGAAAUGUUGGUUUGUACUUUUUGCUGAAUGUAUAUUUCCUUUUAGUUAAAGAAAUAUAUUUGUUUGUCUUACAGUAUCUUUGGUAACAGGGUGGAAUGCUAGAGAAAAAAGUUCAUGUAUUCCCUAUUGUGGAAAGUGCCGAUUGUGUUUUGCACAAGUCGAGUAUUGGUUUGAAUCCGGGCCGAUUGUCACUUGGAAACGGUUUAAAUGUGGCAGCAUGGAGCUCAACGGCGAGCACUUGUGUGUCGAAGUGUCACGCAUCUCCCCAUGGGAGUCCUCUUGUUUACUCAAACGCUGCUGUAAAUAUCGUCCAGAAAACGCUUCUCUUCCUCUUUCACCAGCGGUCGCGCUGCAUGUGAACCUUGCUGACUGUCGCGUCCUCCGCUACCGAUCCAGCUCUUAACCUUGAACAAAUCUUAUUAUAAAAUCAAACACAGAGCAGGGAAAUGUGUACAGACUGAUAUCAAGAGCCAGUAAAAUAUAUAAAAAAUGAAUUAACACAGCCUCUGUUUCUAUCUUUUGGAAUAGAACCACUAUUAUCUCUUUUAUAAAAUGUUUAAAUGAUUUCAUUUGCACUAUGUAAGAAAACGGCUGCCGCUGGAGCCUUUAUGUUUCUUUGGAGAUGUUUGGUUAUUAUAAGAAUGCAAGUCACUGAUGGGGCCUUUUGUGAAGUUUGGCUCCCGGGGGCCCGUCUCCAGAGCAGCACACUGAUCAUUAAGAGAAAUGAACCAUCAAUUUCAGUCAAUUUAUAGUUCAAUGUGAUUAAAUAUGUUGUGAUCGUAUAUGAUAUCAAUGUCAGGAUUGUAACAAAUUAAAUAAGCCAUAUUUUUAUGAAAGCCAUUACUUAGGAUUUAUGUGUCCAAUGUUAAAAUAAAAAAAUCUAUAUAUAUACUGAUUGACAAAACGAGCAUUUCUCAUGACACAUUUUUUUUUUUUACAUCUAAAAACCUUAAAGUUAAUCAUUAAAGUCGACAUGAAAUGAAAUUACACUGCCAAAAAAAAAAAAAAAAAAAAAAACUUGAUUUUGUCCAGGAAACAUUGUCAAUGCAAGAUAAAUGUAAUUAUUGGGUACCAUAAAAAAGUCGAUUUAAAGGGAAAACAAGUAUAUUUUUCUUGCCCCAUUGGCAAAUGUUUUUUUCUUGUUUGAAGCACAAAUCCCACCAAAUCUGGUUAGAGUUCUCUGAAUUGAAGACUUAAUAUCUCAUACCAAUCUGCUUCUCAAGUAUUUCUAUUUUUCUUGUUUUAAGGACAUUUUGAUAAUGAGACUAAAAUGCUCAGUUGGAAAAUGAUUUAUUGCGCAUGAUUCAUCAGUACAUGUUAUUCCUAAGAAACAUGUUGGUCUUUGUAAUCUUUCAUUGAAAUAUAAUAACUUGCUCCGCCUCUAAAGUGAGUUAGGCCACACUGACUAUUGCUUCACAGAAUUAGCUAUUAAAGUUUACUUUAGGCAAAUGUAUAACAGCAAAUGAAUCCCUUUCCACCAUCCAAUCAAUUCCCAUUGGAUACAAUUAAAGAUAUUUUCAUUGAAUAUCCUGUUUCGCUCUGAAGUCCAUCACUUUACAGAAGAAACAGGUUUUCGAGUGCUGUUUCAUGUUGACUUUAAUACUAUUACACAAAUGUCAUUUCAGUAGCGUUCUUUGCGAGUUGCUGCUCAGGAGGUGGACCAGGUGGCCAGACUGCUGCCUACAGAGGGGUCUUUAUGAAAGCUGUUCUGUAGCGUUAUAUCUGCUUAAUCGUGUUCACUGUCAUGUAAGGUUGGACCACUGCUGACACAUACAAAAAGAAAGAGCACUUAAACGAUGUCGUGAUGUAGUCCAGCUCAGGGUACCAUUACUGACAACCCAUCACAACAGUUCUGGAUAUCACAGAACAAGCAUGAACGCCCGCCUGCCUUCAUGAGUGAAACGACUGAAUGACAUCAAUGUGAAAACGAGAGUUUAGGCAUUGACCCUGAACUUCACCUUGUCCAAUCUCAUGCACGAUUAAGCAGAGCGAAUGCCGAAGCAGUUCCUUUCUGGAAAGAUCGUUUUUACCUCUCGACAUUGCUGUGCCUUUGUUUUACGUUAGCCUUCCCAACAACUUGUAGCGUUUUUUUUAUUUCAAAUCGUUGUUUUAAUAUUUUAAUGACUUGUACUGUUGAUUCUCUAUAUGUUUAUAUUUUGUGUGUCUACAUUGAUCAUUUUUCUAUUUUUGGUUCAUGAAUCUGUAGUGUUUUUCCUGCAAUGUUUGUACUGAAGCUGUGAAAUGACUCUGCACUUUAAACUUUCUGGCCAUGAACGUUGUAAAUUGAAGGAGUGACCGUAUUUCAGCCCAGAAUAAACCGACGCU